AUGGAGGUGGAGGGGCGCCAGAACCUCAGUGAUUUGUGUUCCACAGAUGAGCAGGAAAGUACAUGCGGCACCAGGGAGCAUGCAGUAAAUGCACGCAGAAGUUAUUUUUGCUGCAGCAGCUCUGCAGGAGGAAAGGAUGAAGAUCGGAAUUCCCGAGGUGAGCCACAUGCUGUGGUCCAAGGAGAGCUCUGCACCUCGUCCGCAGGCAUCAGCCACCCUGGGUCCCAGCACGACGGCCCACAGGCUGCGUUCUGCUCUCUCUGGCUCCUGCCCCUGCCCAGACAGUGUCCUCACUGCCUGCAGGGUCACAGACCUACCCCCAGGCUGCUGUGA